GAGACCUAGAAGGUCAAUUAAUUUUGAACCAAUAAACAUGAUAAAAGUCGUAUUUUACAUGGUUUUCGUGGAGUAAUCGACGAUGAAGUGAAUGUUGUGACCAUAACAAAAUCAUUCCGUACGUUUCAACACCAUGUCUGAUGGUUACAGCCAGCCGUCGCCCCACAGGGUGGACUCGGGUGGGAGGGCAUCAUUCUUCCUAGGCGGCGAGCAGUUCAGUUCGGAAUAUCAAGGCUUUCCCAAAGCCAGUCAGAUGGCUGCUGAGACUGGCCUCCCAACGUUCUCAUGUGUGUCGGAGGUCGACAUCCCCGAUGUCGAUGAUGAUGACCGACGUAUGAUCUCCGUCGGAAUCUGUGCGAUGGGGAAGAAGUCGAAGUCGCAGCCGAUGCAGGAGAUCCUCGACCGUCUGGACCGCUUCGAAUACAUCAAGACAAUUAUAUUUGCGGAGGAGACGAUCAUGAAUGAACCAGUUGAAAACUGGCCGAUUUGCGACUGCCUCAUCUCAUUCUAUUCAAAAGGAUUUUGUUUGGAUAAAGCCAUCCAGUACGAAAAACUUCGCCGGCCGUUCAGUCUCAAUGAUCUUCCACUACAAUACGAUAUACAAGACAGGAGAGCCGUUUAUAAGAUUUUAAAGGAGAACGACAUUGAUCAUCCGCGGUUUGCCAUCCUUGACAGAGAAAGUGGUGAAAAGAAAGUUCGACUCGACCAUUGGUCAGAUCACCAAGUCAUUGAGGGCGACGACCAGAUCGAAGUCAACAGCAUCAUCUUCCAAAAACCAUUCGUUGAGAAACCGGUCUCCGCUGAAGACCACAAUGUAUUCAUAUAUUUCCCGACAAGCGCGGGCGGCGGGAGUCAGCGCCUGUUUCGAAAGAUUGGCAGCCGCAGUAGCGUGUAUUCUCCGGUUAGCCGCAUCCGGAAGGCCGGAUCGUAUAUUUAUGAGGAUUUCAUGCCAACGGAUGGCACGGAUGUCAAGGUGUACACGCUGGGCCCUGACUACGCCCACGCCGAGGCCAGAAAGUCCCCGGCACUGGAUGGGAAAGUCGAGCGUGACAAAAACGGAAAGGAAGUGAGAUACCCUGUUAUACUGAACGCUGCAGAGAAACUCAUGGCGAGGAAAGUCUGCUUGGCCUUCAAGCAAACUGUAUGUGGUUUCGACCUCCUACGAGCGAGCGGGAAGUCUUACGUCUGCGAUGUCAACGGAUUCAGCUUUGUGAAAAACUCGGCGAAAUAUUACGAUGACUCUGCCAAAAUCCUCGGGAACAUGAUAAUGCGUCGAUUGGCACCUCAGCUGUCAAUCCCGUGGUCCAUCGCGUUCCAGCCCGAGGAUAUCCCAAUCGUGCCAACGACGUACGGUACGAUGAUGGAACUGCGUUGCGUUAUUGCGGUCAUCCGACACGGGGAUCGAACGCCCAAACAGAAGAUGAAAAUGGAGGUGAAGCACAAAAAGUUUUUCGAUCUUUUCGAGAAAUACCAUGGUUACGAGACGGGUCAUCUGAAACUGAAACGUCCGAAACAGCUUCAAGAAGUCCUGGACAUUUCUCGGUUUUUGUUGGCUGAGUUCAACACGAACCACAACCCGGAGAUCGAGGAGAAGAAGUCUAAAUUAGAACAGCUGAAGUCCGUGUUGGAAAUGUACGGUCACUUCUCGGGUAUUAACAGGAAGGUUCAGCUGAAGUAUCAACCAAACGGUCGCCCAAAGAGGUCAUCAAGUGAAGAAGGCAUCGAAUUCUGGGAAAAGGUGGCACUUGAUGAUAACUAUAGUGGGACCGAUUCAUCGUCAGAUGCACCACGUGAGCCCUCAUUGGUGUUGAUUCUGAAGUGGGGCGGUGAGCUUACCCCAGCCGGUAAAGUCCAGGCUGAAGAACUUGGCAAGGCCUUCAGAUGCAUGUACCCUGGAGGGGAAGGUGAUUAUGGCCAAUGCCCUGGUUUAGGCCUUCUACGUCUACAUAGUACCUUCCGGCAUGAUUUGAAGAUUUACGCAUCCGACGAGGGAAGAGUCCAAAUGACUGCAGCAGCCUUUGCAAAGGGCCUACUCGACCUUGAGGGAGAGCUGACCCCGAUCCUCGUUCAGAUGGUCAAGGUCGGCAACCUGAACAAAAUGUUGGACUCGGCGACUACGGCGAGCGUCUCCGCGUGUCCGACCCCCUCGCCGGCAAACUCGGUCAAUUCAGACAAGGGCCUACUGGCUUUGGAGGGCGAGCUGACUCCGAUUCUCGUCCAGAUGGUCAAGAGCGCAAACACAAACGGUCUCCUUGACAAUGACAACCAAUGUCUUUCAAAAUAUCAGAAUAUUACUGUUACUAGCGAGGGCGGACUGAGGGCGAAGGAAAAACUACGAGAUGUGUUCCACCAAAAUCGCGAGUUCACUGAUGAAGACUACGAGAAGCUCGCCCCGACCGCUAGCUCAAGUCUGAUUAAUGCCAUGAAGUUCAUCCAGAAUCCGUUUAGAAUGUGCCAUCGAGUCUACGAGAUCAUAGGCAAGCUUACCAAGAGGAUAAAAGGAUUAAAACAGGACCCGGUCUCAAAAGAGAUGAAACUCUACCACGGCGAGACCUGGGAACUCAUGAUGCGCCGCUGGGGAAAGCUCGAGAAAGACUUCAAGCAAAAAAACGAUCGAUUCGACAUCAGUAAAAUCCCCGAUAUUUACGACUGUAUCAAGUACGACCUCCAACACAACCAGACGGUUUUACAGUUCGAACAGGCGAAUGAGUUGCAUACCUGUUCGAAGGCUUUGGCUGAUAUCAUAGUGCCCCAGGAGUAUGGAAUAACAAAGGAUGAGAAGAUUCAGAUCGCUCAGAGUAUCUGCACGCCCCUCCUCAAGAAGAUCAAAUGCGACUUGGAGAGAAACACUGAGGAAGAAAGCACAAGACUUGAUGCAAGAUAUUCUAAAGGUGUGUCGACGCCCCACCGCCACGUACGAACUCGUCUCUACUUCACUAGCGAGAGUCACAUCCACUCGCUGCUUACGCUGAUCAAACAUGGCGAACUCUGCGACGAGAGAUAUGACAAACAGUGGCAGCGCGCCAUGGACUACGUCGCCGCCAUCUCGGAGCUGAACUACAUGACGCAAAUCGUCAUUAUGAUGUAUGAGGACCCGACCAAGGAGCCAACUUCAGAAGAGAGAUUCCAUGUUGAGCUUCACUUCAGUCCUGGAGCACAGACAUGCGAGACGGACAUGAAUUACCCAAUAUUGUGUGGCUAUCGAUCACAACUCGUGAAAAAGAAAUCUGGCGAUUUGCCAGAGAAAGUACCUGAGGAGCAUCCUGAACGGCACGUGCGCAUCAUUUCUCCCUCCAUCACACCGGAGAGUACCUCGGACGAAGACGCCCACACCAAGCAGCGCGACGACGCGUCGCAGGGGAGUGAAACCUUAAGGGACAAGGAUCCAUCUUUGUCCAGUUCUAUGGAGACCUUAAAGUCGCCCAGUACGGAUAGUCUAUCUGUUACCGGCAUCGACUUGGAAAUAAUGGAGGGAAACGUAGACAGGUCUGAGACGGAGGAGAAAUUUGAAAGGGGUACUGCACCGAAAUUGGACAUGGAUGUUAUAAAUGAAGAUAGUGAUGAUUCAUCUCGUAAGAGAUCGCCGGUCGAGGAAGUCGCUGGUGUCUUUAUAAAACCCGCCAAAAUUGACCGACUGUCAGAGCCGAGGCGGGUCCACAGCAGCCCGAGUAAUCUCCUUGGGGAGUCUGAGAGGGGCCCAAGCAGGAGUGCGGGAAAUGAAAACAAGUCGAGGCCGGGGGACGCUGAUGGGAAAGUUGAGUUCUCUUCACCGAAAUAUCAGCGGAUGACUGAUUUGCCCGAGUCGAUGGAAUUCGAGGAGAUUGCGGAGUAUGAUGGUAGGAGACGCCACCACAGUGAUCCAGAGAAGAACAAAGAACAUGUAGACUCUGAAGACGGUGGCUCAUCACGGCGCAAGUCGUCCUCUCCCGUCACGAUACAACAGGUCAAGUCAAAAACGAGACACAAGUCUGAGGAAAACCUUUCCCUGUCAGAGACCGGCUCGCCUCGCUCUCAUAGUUUUGAGGAGAAGCACAGUUGUAGCUUCGAGGAAACAGGGUCCGAAACGGUUGCGGACCGACGAAAGAAAGCCGCUAAAACCAAACGUCGUGUUCAUAAACGAGCGAUGUCUGCAGGCCUACCGAAUGCGGCUUCUUACCCUAACAUAGCUCGAGUGAAUCACAAGCUUGCGUUGAGUUUCUAUGCAUCACAAAAGGGGUCGACUGACCCAGACGCAGCUUCCACCGACACUAACUCUGUUGCCCAAAAACACCCUGAUAUUACACGUGUCAACCAGCAACUGGCCCUUAACACCUCCCUGAACAACAGGAGAAACUCACUGGCCAGUGCACCGACAACUCUCGAUCUCCUGUACCUUCCCGGACAGAUGCACGUCAGACAUUCCUUUGCCACGCUGUUUGCCCAGACCCUCAGCGACGUCGGCAAAGGUGCCCGGGGUGGCUUGAUUAGCACUAAGGUGAUCAGCGGGUCCGCGUCUGCCCCCGACUUAAUGGAGGUCGAUCGCGUCAAGCUACGUGCCGGGCAGGGGUUAGAGACCCGAGUGCCCGCCAUACGUCCGCUAGAGACACUACACAACUCUCUGACGCUCAAACAGGUGGAAGCGUUCGUGGACAACCUCAUAGCAAAGACUCCUCCGACACCCCCUCUCCACAGUGGCCAUCAUAGUUCGACUAGUAGUACCCCGCGUUCCAAGACCAAGCCAUCGUCAACCAUUCCAGUGACAGCCUACAGCUAUUCUUCCUCGACCAGCUCCAGCGCUGGCCCAAGUUCACCAACGUCUGUUUCGACGCCUGAAGACAUUGCCAUCAAGCUCCGCCUACUGAUGGACAGUGCUGCUGGUCCUAUUGUGUCGUUGGACGACGUCAGUUUCUAUAGUCCGGCAUCUUCGGUCUCGUCAACACCAACAACACCGGCAUCGAGUCAGUCAUUAAGUUCAGCAAGUUCCAGUCAGAAUUUCUCGUUGAAUAAAUCAUAAUGUUGAAAUAAUUAGGGAAAAAUGUUGCAGCGCAAGGUGUUUUUAGAUAACGGUCCAUCCUGGUUUGUUUGUUUGUUGUUUUUGACCCCAGUGGAGUAAUAAAGUCUUGUACCUUUAUUCUAAGCCGCCCUGUGCUCAUGCAUGAUGCUACUCAAUGGUGCUAUUAAUGAAGAGUUUCAUUGCAAUUGACGCAAUAUUUUCUUUGAAGUGGAUUUGGAAAUUUGUAAAAGUUUUAGAUCAUUAAAAUGUUAUAUGCUGACCGGAUAGCUGCGAAAUUUGGAGGAUAAACUUGUCAUUAAAGAUUCGAAUAUUGGAUUUGUUGACAGUUGUUAUAAAUUCUCUAAUUUGUGCUAAAUCGCUCAUGUGCUCAGUAAAAGGGCAUACAAUUCUAUGUAAUUUGAUGUUCAGAACCAUGUGGGUGGCUGACCUAACUAUCAUAAACCCUUUUGCUGUGUUAGAUAUUUUUCUGAUGGCACUGACAGUAGAUUCCAAAACUUAACAACUUACUUUUAUCUCAAUGUUCAAAACUUUUCAAAAGUCCCGACAUCUAUACUGUUAGAAUCUAACUAACAUUCAUGUUAGUGCUGGUGAAUUAAAAUUUUAGUGGGGCACGUCACCCACAGCAAGAGGGUUAACUUUGUCCUCUGUUGCAUGUUGAUUUUAGUUUUAAUUGUGUUCUCUGGAAAUCGGCUUCCAAACUUGCUUAGAAUCAAAUGUAAGACCCUGGGAGAGGUCUGACUCUCAGCAAGUUGAGGAAUGGAUUCUUUGGGUGAUGGAAGCAUUCACUGUACAUUUUCUUGUGUGAUCAUUGUUAACGAUCUCGCUGAUUUGAUUAUGAAUAAACUGUAAUUUAUUUUGAUUAAA